UUUAAAGUGUACAAUAUUUUUGCGCGCACUUCUUUUAAACGUAAACAGCAAGUUUAUCAACAAAACUUAAUAAAAUUUAGAAACAAUUUAAAAAUUUAGUGAUUACCAACUGUUACUAAAACCCCACGAUGGCCAUCAACCUCAAACUAAAACAAUCGGACGUCCAGCAAUGCUUGGAGACCCCGCCUAAGGUCCACUACAUUCCGGCCACGAUCCGGGGCGACGGACCGGCCAAUGUGGCGCAAUUUUUCGAAUCCUACACCGACGAAUCGGAGGGCAAAACUCUAACGAACGCCUUGCGAGGCUUUCCGCUGCGCGGCAAGGAGUUUAACCUACCGGCCGGUUACACCGCCGUCAUGUUCCAGGAAACGAAGCGGCCACUGUCCGCGGACGAGGAUCGCAACUUUAGCUUCGCGGGAGCGUUCAAGCAGUUUACCUACUGGAACUACGACAAGAUUCCGACGAAGAAUGACCCGCUGGAGAAGGCGCUCGAUUGGAUGGAGCUGUCCCGGGCGCUGCACGAUCCGUUGGGGGAGGAGGAUGAUGAUGAGGAGAAGGUGGUGAAGAAGGAGAAGAAAUAAAUCGUUUUGUAAUAAGUUUGUAUUUUAUUACUUGUUUAUGUCACAUUAAAGGUAGUAUUUAUAAACUCUA